AUGCCUAUCAAAAUACCUGCGCAGCGUGUUAAAGAAUUACGUAAUCAGACAGGUGCUGGAAUGAUGGAUUGUAAAAACGCUUUAGAAGACUCAAUAGGUAAUAUGCAAGUUGCUAUAGAAAAUUUAAGAAAAAAAGGUUUAGCUUCAGCAAACAAAAAAAUUGGUAGAAUAACUACUGAAGGAUUAAUAGUAAGCUAUAUACAUUCUGGUUCAAGAAUAGGUGUUUUAGUAGAAUUAAAUUGUGAAACAGAUUUUGUCGCAAGACGUGUAGAGUUUAAUACGCUAGCAAAAGAUAUAGCAAUGCAAAUAGCAGCUUGCCCUUAUGUAAAUUAUGUAUCAAUAAAUGAAAUCAAUGAAAAUAUCAUAAGAAAUGAAAAGAAAAUUGAAUCUAGCAAAGAAGAUGUGAUGAAUAAGCCACAAGCAAUUAAAGAUAAAAUAGUAGCUGGUAGAAUUGAUAAAAGAUUAAAAGAGAUGUCUCUUAUGAAUCAGCUUUUUAUUAAAGAUCAAGAUUUAACAAUUGAAGAUUUAAUAAAUCAACAUAUAGCUUUACUAGGUGAAAAUAUUAAAAUUAGACGUUUUGAGAAAUUUAUUUUGGGAGAAGGUUUAACAAAACGGUCUAGUAAUUUUGCAACAGAAGUAGAACAAAUUAUUACUAAAAUUUAA